UGUUGCACUUUGCGGUAAAUAAAAUGUCUGAGAAACUGAGGCAGUGCAGGGAAGACUUAGCAGCAGCUUUGGAUCGAGCCUUGGAGGGCAAUAUUGUUUCUCCUGUGUUCCCUUCAGACUCUGAGUGGCUUGAAUCAGCAAGGUUACUGGAACCAGACCAUGGUGCAUUCAUUGACAAUUCCUUUGCUAGACUGUGCCCAUCUUUCAGUUCUCCCCACUUCACCCAGACAUUUCUUCAAAUGUUGCCCGAGAGAGGACCAUAUUACUGUAUGCCAAAGGAACUUGCCUUGAUGGAUUGCAAUAAUGUUGCAUUUAAAGUAAAGUGGUUAGUUUAUGGAAAUGGGGAAAAUUUUAUCAUGAAUGCCAAUGUUCCAGUACCAUAUGGUCCCCUUAAGAGUGGUUGUGAGAACACAGACAAUAUUACACAAGAAUAUAUCAGUCCCUCACAAGAAACCAACAAUCAUACAUGUCCAGAAACACAGGGAAAUAAUUCAUGUGAAGAACUGACAAAGAAUCUCCUAGAAGUAAUAGAGAGCACCAGUAUUCGAACGCUUGAGGCAUUGGCAGGAAAACUGGAACCUUUGAGUGAAUUCUGUCCGCCCUCUUCUCAAUCUGCUGGAUCUGUGUCUGCAGAAGACACUCUAACCCUUUUCUUUGCAGAUCCACCCUGUAGCCCAAUAAGGAAAGAACCCCACUUAGGGAAAUAUAAACUCUCAGAUGAUGACAACUUGAUUAAUAUUGUCCUGGAUAUGGAGGAGGAUUACAACAUAUUGAAAAAAAUAUAGGUAGAUUGGUCUAUAGUAAAGUGGAAGAACACAAUGCUGAGCACAUCUUGGAAUUGCAGUUGAUUGAUCUGGGUUGAGACAACACACCUGUCUUCCAAAUGGAUAUCUUUACCUGCAUUUUAAGCAAGAGUAUCUAAAGAUCAUGCAAGAUCUAAAGAAAUUCAUGAAGCAGUUGCCUCUAUUUAAGUUUAGACAACUAGAACUGCAUCACAUUUUGAUGAGGAUGUAUAAAAGGAUCUCCAUGCAAUUCUGAAUGUAGUAUACAAUCAAAGAGCUAACCAACCUGAAGUUCAUCUGGUGUUCCUUCAUUACAACCGUGCUUAGAUUUUUGGUGGGUUGCUUAGGUUACUCGAUUACUGUCCAAUAAAUGUUUUGCCCCACAGUUUAUAUGCAGAAUGUUACUGUCAAGUUAAACCCUCACUGACAAUUAACAAAGGUUCUUGUCACAACUUUCCCAGUAGAAUUUAAUAUAUUUGAUUAAUAUAAGAUAAAUUUUUAACAAGUCUGGUAUAACAGUACACCUUCAUGUACUUAAGAUAGCAAUGGUUAAAUAAUAUGUGCAUUAAAGGUCAUGAAAUUCCUGGCAAAGAGAAAAACAAAUGUUAAUUAGUUGUUUAUGCUGAAUUAAUUACUCUGUGUAAUAAACAGUGUUGUUUGAAUAUGUGAAAAGUUUUUUUUUCCUUAACCAUUUGCAAAGUUAAUAUUCUCAUCCUAAGAACAUACAUUCAGCUGAAGACUGUACCAUAGUACAUAUGAUGUAUAAAAUGCAUUGUAGUUAAUUGCUGAAGUUAUUCCAACAGCAGCUUCCAAAAUUAUGAUCUCUACACCCAAGGACAAGGUGAACACAGAUGUGGAAGUGACAACUCCUGCAUCUUUCCUUUACAUAGAAAAGAUAAGGCCCAUAUCCCAUAUGUAAUGCCCUGAUUCAUGUUUUUACUGUUAUGCUGUAUGCCUUUCAUUUUGGCAGUUCUGUAAGAGCAGUCUGUUCUGUUUUCAUGCUUGUUUGGGUUACUGUUGAAGAUGAGAAAGAGGGGAAAUGUAUCCCAUCCAAUUAGGAUGGUCAGAUUAAGGGGAGGUUUCUCUGGUGAGGGACACUAAGGUUGGGCUUGGAAAUUUUGUUUGAGAGGGGAUGAAGAGAGAAGAUGCUGGGGAGAACUAGUCAUAGCAUACCAUCCAGCGGGAGAGACGUUUGUUCGAGAUGAAUCUUGAGUGAUGUUCGGAAGCUGGUGUGUGCUUUCACGUUGACCAAGAGUCCAGUACAUGAGUGAAAGAGAAGUUCAAGAUUGUGCACAUUUGUCUGUUUAAUUAGAAUGGGCAUUUUCUUUUUGUUAUUCUUUACAAUCCCUUUAAGAUUCAUAAAUAUAAUUCCUUUAAUUGUUUGCAGUGUAUUGCCUGUUAUUUCAUGGCAUUAAUUUUUAACAGGGUAGCAAAUGACACAGCAUCCACACAAACCAGGGUUUGGGAUGGGAUUGAGCACACCUCAAUCUCACGAGUUUGGUGGGACUGGAGGUUGUCUUCCCUAGACUUAGGCAGCCAAAGAAAUGAAGGUGUUUCACAUAUAUGUACAGUACUGUGCAAAAGUCUUAGGCAUAAAUAUUUAGUACUUAAGAUAUUUGCACAGUACUUUAUUAAUUUUAUGUGUUGCACUUUACUGCCACUGCAAAAAAAAUUUCAUGACAUGUGAGUGAUG